UGUCAAAAUGCGCGGGUUCUGUUAACGAAGAAACACAAAGAUUUUCCUAGAGAACAACUAAUUGUAACGUGCGGUGUUAUAUAAAAUAUUGUUAACGUAUAAUAACGAAUUCGUUACAGAAAUAUAUUGUAUGUACAUACAUAUACCUGAAGUACUACGACUAAAGGUACAGGUUUUUAAUAACGUUCAUAUUAAUUAGAAAUGUGGUAUAACCCAGCUAGCUUUUGUGAACCGUCAUUUUUUUUUGACAAUGCCGUCAAAGUAAUAUAAACUGAUAGUUAUAAAUGAUUGAAACUAAAGGUUUUACGAUAUUUUAACUGAUAAUCUUUCAGCUGAAAAGACAAGUGUUAUCCAUUCUUUCAGAAUAAAAUUAACAAUGGAUACUCAAGAAAGUCAAAUAGAUUCAGACUUACAUAUAUACUUUGUUAUACCAAGUAAGUGUAAAAACGAAAAUGAUUGCACAGAGGAUAUGUGGCUUGCAUUCAAUAAAUGUAUAGAACAUGAUUUAUCGCCUCGGUGGAUAUUUGAAAACAAAUGCAACAUGAUAGAUGACAAUAAAAAAAAUGUAUUUGUAAUGGACGAAUUUAGCGGUGAAGUCUUUGAGAAAUUAAGAAACUUUAAAUGCUCCAGAGUAGUGGGACCUAGGUGUAUGCUACAUUGUUUUAUGUCUUGCGAACCUAUACCAGAAGGCACUAGUCCAGUAUAUCUCACAGCUAUGAGUGGUCUUGUUGUAACUGCAUCAGGGUUUUCAGUCGAAGUUAAGGAUAAACUCAAGGAAAAAGUAGAAUACAUGGGUGGUAUAUUUACAAGACAGUUGAGAAGUAGUGUCACUCACUUGAUAGCAGAUUUUGUGAUGUCUGCAAAAUAUGAGCGAGCAGUUGAAAAUGGUUUGGCAGUGUUUACGGAGCACUGGCUGGAUGCAGUGUGGAACACAAAUUUACAACAGUUCGUUAAGGCCACUGACAGCAUGUUUGACAAAUAUAAGUGUCCUGUUUUUUUAAACCUGGUUAUCACAUCUACAAAUUUACCGAGGCGGGAGAAAGAUGAACUUAAAAAACUUAUUGAUAAUAAUGGAGGGAUAUUUAUGGGCGCAUUAGAUGGCUCAAAAGUAAAAGUAGUAUUAGCACCUGAAAACAGUGCUCUUAGUGACAAAUUGAAAUAUGCAUUACAAAAUAAUAUUCCUUGCGUAAAAAGUGAAUGGAUUUACGAAAGUAUUAAAAAGGGAUAUGCCUUACCUUUCAAUGAUUUCCUUAUAAAAUCAACCAAAGCAUGCUCUACACCUGACAAGAGCCAAGGAAAUGAAACACUGAAUUUCUCUACAGUCAGCGCAAUACCAGGUGAAUACAAUCAAAAUAGUUUAGUUGAGGAAUCAAUGGCAACAACGAUGAUAACAACAAUGACCAGCAUGGCGGAAUAUACACCUACAGAACGAUCUGCUGAUAGUUCAGCUUCAUAUAUACAAGUGAUCGAAAGGCUGAACGUUAAAGAGGCUAAAAUGGCUGGACCGUUUUUAGAUGGAUGCAAUAUUUAUCUAGCAGGUUUUCCAGCGAGUCACCGUGAAAAACUUAAUCGAAUACUUAACGUAGGCAGUGCAACUCGAUUUGACAAUAUCUCCUAUGCUUUGACUCAUAUUCUCGUAGGGGAUCCGAGUAGAGCUUCAAAUGACUUAAAAAUAAUACAAACAAAUGGUGUGGGUGCAUGUCUAUUAAAAAUAAAUUGGUUGGAAGAAAGCAUCAAAUUGAAACGGCCGGCGGCUGAAGAAGCUUUUUUGUAUGAGGAGGAGAAAACCGUAUCUGAAAAACCUGUAGAGCCGCCAUCGCCUUUAAGUAAAAAGAGUUUGCAGAUGUUACAGCCGCCUCGACGGCCACCAAUACCAUCCUUCAAUAUUGAUAAACCAAUGUCUGUCACAACAGAUAUGGAAGAACCAGAUCUGGUACAGCAAUAUCUGCAAAAAUCAGUUGCAUCCGAUAAAACGUUACAACAUUUUUUGGAACCCCACAAUGCAACCUUGACACGAGAAAAUGAAAAAGCUGCAGCAUCUAGUAACACUAUCAAUCAUUCAAAUAGUUUAUAUAAAAAAGAAUAUAAUACUAAAAAAGAUGAACCUUGUAACGACAAUACGAUACCGCUUAGUCAAGAAUCAGAAGCAAAUGAUAAAUUAUUCGAAGGCUUAACGUUUAUCCUAUCUGGUUUCGAAGAAUUUGACAUGAUGAACUUUACAUCUAUUAUAGAGGCUUUAUCCGGAAAAAUCGUACCUAAAUCAUUCUUAGGAAUUCCAGAUUUUGGAGUAGUACCCGUAUUGGGUGCUACCCUGAAGCACACAGUAAAUGAAAUCGUUACAGAUUUAUAUAUCGAUGAUUGUAUAGAUCAAGAGAAAAUGCUACAAAUUGAAUAUUUUCAUAGACCUUUGUCUAUAGCAAAAAAUGCAAAGCCCUUGGCAGGCUGUGUCGUAGCCAUGAGUUCGUAUACUGGAAAGGAACGUACUUUUUUAUCAGAAUUAAUACAAGCACUUGGUGGGAUAUAUCAGGAUACGUUUGCACGUAAAACAAAUGUAGAAAGAGAGACUUACGCCAGUACACAUUUGGUAUGUCCGACACCAGAAGGACAAAAAUAUAAUGCAGCUGUAAAAUGGAAAAUUCCAGCAAUAACAGCAGAGUGGUUGAAAGCAUGCGCUACUGAACAACAACUUGUUGAUGAAACACCCUAUCUUGUAGGAGAAACGAUAGCACCAGAAAGAUCUGCACCUAUGGAACCAAUACCGACGAAACUAACCAUUACACAAGAUGAAAAAAUGAAACCACCCACUUCCCCUGCCAUCAGACAAAUCUUAACUCCGAAGCGGCAUUUACCACACUCAAAGAAUCAAGCAAAUUUUGGGGAAGAAACUCCUUUAAUAAAUAAAAGACUUAGUCUCGUUUUUAAUAAAACACCACAAUCUCCAUUUCACGUAUCUACACCAGAGACACCCUAUGGACAAGUAUUCAAAUCUAAUCCUUCACCCGAUACCAGGAAAGGUUGGGUUAAAUGGGUAAACGAUUUACCAGAUUUAAGGGUUGAAGAACCACCUUCUAAACGAAGAGCUCCUAGUACACCACUUUCCGAGUUGAAGAGACAGUUAUGGGAAAAGAUAAAAGAACCACUUGAUAGGCGAGAUGAUGAUGAGGAUGGCUUAGAAGAAGUUUCGCAAAAGAAUAAUUCGUCAGAGCCACCAACAUUUCCUGAAAAUAAUAUUUCAAAGGAUGCAGCAACUUCUGGCACAAUUUCGAUAAACAAAAAAUUAAAUUUCGUGGAUGAAAACAGUCCCAUUUCAAACAAUCAAAUAAAUUUGCAGUUGGCACAAUUAGACCAAGCACUUCAGGCUACAACAAAUUCUCCUGAAACUAGACACUCCUUAAACAUAGAGAACGCGAAGAUUUAUCAGUCGGAACCUAUUGAUCCAAUAGCGAAAUGUCUCAUCAAGGAUUCACAGCCAGAUACGGUAGGCUGGGAAGAUCCAGGUCAGCAAAUGAUAUCAAAAAAGUCGACCAUUACAGAAGAUGUAGAAGAUGAAUAUGAAAGAGAAGUCGAGAACUUUACAGAUGAGGAAUUAGCUGAAGAAGUAGUGCCACCACCAAAAUUUAAAUUUAUGCUUUCAGGAAUCAAAGACCGGAAUGCUUACGAAGAGGUUAUAAAGAUCCUUGGAGGUGAAGUAUCUACUGAACAGAAUUUCGACAUGUCAGCCACACACUUACUAUGCAUACGACCGUCACGAAAUGAAAAAAUGCUGAGCAGUAUAGCCGCCGGAAAAUGGGUACUUCAUUGCACUUAUUUACGUGAUUGCGAACAACAGGGUAAAUUUAUUGACGAGGAAAAAUAUGAAUGGGGAAAUCCAAAAAGUAAAGGUGUAAUACCUGAACCUACAGGAGAGACUGAAAAAUUAAUUGCUGCUGCUGCGUAUAAGUGGAGAAUUAAAAUACUCCAAGAACCAGGUGGUGCCUUUCAAAAUAUGGUGGCUCUACUUCUGGUUCAAAAAGAAAAAUACGAUCAGUUUCAGAGACUUAUAUGCGCUGGUGGUGGUGUAGUUGUACAAGCUAAACCUCCUUAUGUUUCUAGUACAAAUGGGCGAAAGAUUACACACUGUUUUAUACAAUUAAAACAAAUGGAUCACCAAGCAGAUUGGGCUAUGAUGGCGAGUAAAGGUAUUUUGUGUUUCUUACCUCAAUAUCUAAGUGAACACUUAACUGCGGAAAAUCCAUUGAAUCCUAGAGAAUGUGUUAUACCGGAGUUCAGAAAAUACUUAGCCCUUAUUCCAAAAUAAAAUCAUAUUUUUAUCUAUCAACAUCAUAACUUAAAUAAACAUCAGUAAUGAAAAUUUUAUUAUGUAUAAACGUAAUAUUUAAAAACUAAUUUUAAGUAUCCUAUACGAAAUGGCUAAUAUAAUUUGUUUCUAAA